CCUGGAGACGGCGUCUGGCCCGGUGGCCAACGGAGCCCAGAGCGCAGCGAGAGGUAGCCGGACCCAGACCAUGGCGUCCCAAGGGCGAGAGAAGGCGCCUCCGGACCAAGUGCAUCAGAACCAGAUCAUGUGCGAGCUGAUCCGCAAGGAGCUUCGGGCCCAGAAGCUGUACACUACUUACCACGUGAACCCCAACUGCAAAGUUCACACCAUCACCAGGAAGCCUAUGUCCUGGCAUGACAAUAUGGAGGAACCUGCAGAUGCCAAGUUCCUCAACAUCAUUCACUAUGCUGCCCAGGGACCCAAGAAGAAAUACUCGGAACCCCAGACAGAGAGCCAGGAAGUUGGCUGGGACUCCAAGCCCUUGAUCCCCAGUGAGCGCAGCGAUACCAGGAUCAAUUUUUUCCGCAGCUACAAGGACAUCACGAAGUACAUGGCAGAGUUCUGGCGCAUAAAGGCCAAGCAGAGUUCAGACUAGUGGGGCCAGGUCCCAGCUGCCUACACCCAGUUUAGGCCCCACCCCCCAGCCCCCACCAGCCAGCUAGUGCCAGAGGGGUGCCUCACACCCCCGGGCCCCCUACUCAGAAAGCAAAGGCAGCCAAGGGAUGGCCUGGGUCCUCUCUGUGCCUGGUCCUCCGUAUAAAAGGUGGCACUUAGCGUGCACGGUUCUUCAUUUUCUCUCUUGCCCUUUUCCCAGGUCUCUUCUGAAAAAAUAAAGACAAAAAGAUACCCCCAGUC